GCAGAGACGCGGACGCGGCCGAGCCCACCAACUCGGCAUCCUCCAAAGUCCAAAUCGCCCCACCAUCACGCAGAAGAUGGCCGCCGCCGCCGCCGCCGGUCUCAUGCCGUUCCACGACGUCGGCCUGCUGCCUCCCCAUUGUAUUUGCCCCGUCGACGCUCUAGACGCCGAUGCCGAGCAUAGCCGCCGCCACACAUACAGGCAACAGGGGCGAGGGAAAGGAAUGGCGACUGGCGAGUCGCCGAGCACGUUCGCACUGUAUUUUGGGCUAGGUCUGUGGUGAAAAAUUCGAACAAGCAAGCCUCUUGCCCCUAAUCUCAUGGCUAGAAAUUCGUGGAACAGCGGCAACGCCAUGCCCCCCAAAAUAGCCGAAAGCUUAUCUUCGGUGGAUUCGGGGGUCUCCAUGUUUUUCGCGCGGUAUCGCCUCCUCACCACCCCCCCUCCCUUUCUCCGCCCGUCCUCUCCCAACCCGAACUGCAAUCCGAAGUCUUCUCUCCCCUUCCAUUGAGCAACCUCGUGCCAAGAUGGAAACGAAAGAAAAGGGAUUCAUGUGAGGUACCCAAUAGUAAACUUCCAUGACAAUUAUUUGAACCCGGUGUUAAGAGUAUCCUGUAUGCCGCGGAAUGGAGGGAUUGAAUGUUGAAGGGGUUCAGCAAGUAUCUGUUGAUUCGAACACUGACGAUUUGCUGGCAAGCUUGACUGAUUCAAAGCGUCUUAUUUCAUCUGGUUUCCCUGAAAGUUCACCAGAUGCUCAUACUAGACAUUUCAGUGAAGAUUUAAGUUCCCUUACAAUAAAUGAUUUACGUGUGAACAGGGAUGAGGUUUGCCAUAGCCAGUUUGAAGGCAAGGGAAUUGGUUCCCAUGGCCAUGCUAGAAAUUUUAGCGAAGAUAUAAGUUCCCUUACAAUUAAUGAAUUACGUGCAGCCAAAUUAGAAGAAAAUUGCCAUAACCAGCUUGAAGGGAAAGUAAUAAGUCGCCAUAACUCAGCUGAAAGAAACAUUUUUAAGGCAGCAGAAAUUGCUGAACGCUUCAUUCAGGCUCUAGAUAAUAGAGUCCUUGUUGAAACUGCAGCACCGAUUGAAUCUGUUAAAGAUGCUGUUAGCAAAUUCGGAGGGAUUCUUGACUGGAAAGAGAGACGUAAAAACGUCCAAGUCACGCUUGACAAGGUACGGGAAGAUGUUCCUGAGUACCAGAGAAGAUUGGAAUUUGCAGAAGUUGAUAAAAGCAAAGUUAUGCGUGAGCUGUGUAGCACCAGACGGGUCAUAGAAGGGCUGAAAUUAAGCCUGGAGAAAGUGCAGACAGAAGCAUUGCAAGCACAGCAAGAUUCAGAAAUCGCUGAGAUACGAUACAAAGAGAUACAACAGGGUAUUGCUCGCAGAGAGAGUGCUGCAGUAAAAGCAGAGAUUGACCUUGCCAAAGAACGCCACGCGUCUGCCUUAGCAGACCUGCAGUCAGUGAAAGAGGAGCUAGAACAACUUCAGAAGGAGCACACAUCUUUAAUUACUCAAAGGGAAAAUACUGAGGCAAAGGCUCAUGAAUCCACUGUCGUGUCUCAGGAGAUUGAGAAGACUGUCGAGGACCUCACACUUGAGCUGAUCUCAUUGAAAGAGUCACUUACCUCUUCACAUGCUACCCAUAUUAUAGCAGAGGAGCGAAGAAUAAAUGUGGAUUUAGCAUAUCAGCAAGAAAAGGCGAAUUGGCAGAAUGAGCUGAAGCAAGCUGACGAGGAGGUUCAAAAGCUGAAUGACGAGAUCUCGGCUAAUAAGGAUCUCGAGUCCAAGCUGGAAGCUGCCUCCGUGUUGCUGGAGAAUCUGCAAGGCGAGUUUACUAAUUAUGUGGAAGGGAUACUACCUGAGAUGGCAAGUGUGACUGGAGAGGAAGAGCAACCAAUGGUUAGUGUUCGGAUGACAUUGGCGAAGACCAGGAAGGAGCUUGAGGAUAUGAGGACAAACAUUGAAAAGGCCAAGGAUGAGGUGAAAGGGCUGUGGAAUACUGCUGCAGCAUUGCGAGCUGAUCUAGAGAAGGAGAAGGCAGAGCUGACAGCAUUGAAAGAAAAAGAACACCGUGCAUCCGUUUCUGCCUCCUCUAUCCAAGAAGAAUUGAGCAAAUUGACACGUGAGCUCAUUUUGGUGCAGGAGAGAAUCAAAGCAGCUAGAAUGCCCCCAGAACUACAACAGGCUACUCAAGAAACAGAACGAGCAAAGGCGAAGGCUCGGUUGGCCUGUGAUGAGGUUGCAAAGGCUACGGAAGAGGCAGCUCGAGCCAAGGCAGAGGUCAAUGUCGUACAAUUGAGGCUAGAAGCAGUAUCAAGGGAGAUACUUGCAGUUAAUGCAUCAGAAGAAAUUGCAAUGGCCUCAGCAAAUGCACUGCAAGAAUACAAACAGGAGGCAGAAAUAGAUCCCCGAGCUGAUCGAACAAGUAAUAACAACGUGAUGGUGUCACUUGAAGAGUAUGAUGCCUUGAGCAGGAGAGCACAGGAAGCUGAAGACCUAGCUAAGAAGCGGGUUAUCAAGGCGGUUGAGAAGAUCAAGGAGGCGAAGGAGGGAGAAGUGAGGAGCUUGGAUAAGUUAUCUCAGCUGAGCAAACAGAUUGAUGAUAGAAGGGUUGCACUGAGGGCGGCGCAGGAGAAAGCCAUAGCGGCACAGGAUGGCAAGUUAACAAUGGAGAACGAGAUGAGGAAGAGGAGAGCCCAGCAUGAGCAACAGCAUAAGACGUGUGGGGUAGAUCUUGCCAUUGCUGAUAUCUGCACUGUAAAGAGUGCAUGCUCUUUUGAUGCAGCAGGAUCAUCUGCUUCCAAUCCUCAUAUGCAUGGAGGAUGCCUACCUAGAGCUGAAACUAUAGGGACAACUGCAAUAGCAGAGUCAAAGCCACGAAAGUCAUACUUCCCUCGUUCCAUAGUGACGAUGUUCAUGACUCGGAAGAAGCAUUUGAAGUGAACCUCUCCUACAUUAAUUGGUAGUUUUCUAAUUUCCUUUGGUAUGAUUGUUCUGUACAUGUAGCAAGUAGGUCAUACAAUUCUGGUUCACCAACUGUAAUUGUUGUUCAGAAAUGAAACCUGAUUUCGGUCGGAGCCAUGACCUUCUUCAUAAAUGAAUUUGUCUUUGUUCAGUA